CAACUUCAAUAUUUUUAGGAAUCCCACUUCUGAAACAGCUUCUCAACAAAUCAAGCACGAUGGGUACAAGUACAAAUUUUGAACUAAAAUUAGUUGGGCUCCUUUAUUAAGGAGACCCUCCAAAAAUGGGCGUAUGCCACUGAUUGCUACAAACACACGGUAUUCUUUAGUAAAAGGCGAAAGAAUAGUUCGCUCUGUGUUUAUAGCGUGGCUGCGUGAGGAUUGAAGGAAUCAAGUUACCCAAUUUAUAGAUUCUAUAGCGGUAACUCCUCCUAACGUCCUCGGUGUGGGAUAUUUCCAAUUUCUUUCCAAGCCAUCAAAUUAAAGCUUUUUGUAGCUCUUGAAUUCUUAGCCCAGACUUCGACGCCUCGUCCUCUCUCCCAGGGGCUGCUCUUUACACAGACGAAACAAAUAUCCUCUUUUUCCGUUAUGUUCAGUUGGGAUUCCUUAGGAACAUCAAAACAUGUUUCUAAAGCUUACACUUUUUCUAGUGCAGGUGAAGCUUCAAUUUAUCUUUAGUUUGUGAGUCACGCGCCACUUGAUCGAUGAAAUGCCACAUAUGAGGUGAACGAAAGUAUGAUUAUAAUGUGACGGUGAACUGUAUAGGGAAGAACCCAGUUUUUGGUGGUUCAGUGGAAGAGAGUUCCAUAGAAAUGUUAUUGGUGUGAAGUUUUGUUAGGCGAUGGCAAUGAGAGCUGUGAGAAACCUUUUCUGUGGAUCAAGGGUUUUGUCAGCCAGGCCGAAUGCUGUGAUCAGAAUGAAUUCCAUUUCGUACCACUGCUUGGAGGAACCGAAGUUGGAGUCUUUUUCGUCUGAUUGGUAUGAAAAAGCCUUCUCAAAGCUAACAAUGUUAUCCCACUCGCUGAAUAAUGUGGAUGUCGUUAACGGUAGGACUGUUAAUGUUAUUGAUGAAUCGAUAAUUGAAGAUGACAUUUUGCUAGAAAACAUGCAUCUUUUCAAGUCUCUAGCAAGAGACUUUAUUGGGUGUCCUUUGGUUCAAGAAAUCACGAGGAAAAAUAUUAUUAUGUCUUUAGGGAGCAAUGCAAAAGGGAACCAGCAGCUUCAUUGUUUUAAUAAAGCUGGUGAGAGAGAACCAAUGACUGUGGAUUCACUCACAAAGGUUUCUGAGUUCUUGAAUGUUUCAGCCCAACAAAGGAAGGUAGUCAGGGCAACGAUAUGUCCCCAGGUAACUCAACAUGAGAUAUGGACUGGUGCGCUUGAGGUGAUACUAAAUAAGUUGAAAUCUGAGAUGGAGUAAUUAGAUUCUACGUUCCCUAGUAAAGAAACUAAAAUGGCAAAGCAAAUUGUUUUGAGCUGUCUGAAGGUUUUGGACAUUGUGAUUUCUUACAACCCCGAUUCCAGUUCAUGGAUGUGAGUUGCACCCACAAGAGAUGCUAAUUCACCUCCCACUUCACACAAAUGGGAAGACAUUCUUGAGAUGUUCAUUGAUCUUGCUGACUGCUUGAGUGAGGUAACAAAAUUAUCUCUAGAGGUUAGGAAUAUAGAGGCCAUGAAAGAAGGUCUCUAUCAGAUAAGGGAUAUUCUGAUAGAUAAAAACAUUGGAUGCAGGGAAAACCGCCAUCAAGAAAGCUUAGUACAAAAGAUAUUAACCAAGAGACUGGGCCACUCAUCUCGGUGCUUAUUUACACUUCUCACGUAUUAUCUUUAUGGUAGCGUAAGCGAUAUUGAAGUAGAAGUUCGUGGAGGACUAUAUGCUGUUGGUCAUGGGGAUAAGUUCCGCCUGUGCAUGGGGAAAAUAUUGACAUCAUAUGAAGAGAAAAUGCUUUUGAGAGGAGUGAAGCAGCUUGAUCGGGCCCUGGGGUUGUUUAAGUUUAUAUGGGAAACAGCCGGAGUGAAAGGAGAUCUUGAACAGCAAGGCCAUUUAUGGUGCAUUGGCACUCAUAGCAGAUCACUCACAUAUAGAGGGACUACAUUCUUGUUGCAUGGGAUUGAUUGUUUUCAUUAAGAAGGUUUACCACAGGGGAAGACACUUGAAUUUCUGUUCUUGAUCAUUGCUGCAGCAGCAGUUUAUUGUGCAUUUUUUUUUCAAAAUAAGGAAAUUAGUUUGGCACGUCAAUGGGUGUCUGUUCAAGUGGCAAUAUAGGAACCAGAUUCUAAGAAGAG